UCAUAUUAAAAUUUAUAUCAAUGAUUGUCAGGAUGCAUUUAAACACAAUCAAAAUGGCUUAUGCUAUUUCAAAUAAAUUGGCUGCAAACAAGAUCACCAAACUCUCUUCAAGGAUUAAAUAAAAAUAAUCUGUAGAUGAUGUUCAUAAUCUAUAAGAUUUCUUAACCACUCAAAUCUAAGAGAGUAUCAAUCCCAUAUAUUUACAUUAGACAAGCUCUAUAACACAAUUCAUAGGACAUCCAAAUAUGAUGAUGGAUUUGAUGAUUUUUUAGCUGAAUACAAAAAGAAGCAUAAAAAUAUUUUAGAUUUAACUCAUUAUGCAACAUCCCCUUUGAACAAAACCAAUUAAUUAAGAGAGGAGGAAUUCAGACAACUACAAUCAUUUCUUGAUAAAAGAAAAAAAGCAUUAAAAAGAGAAAUUAUUAUAGAUAAAAAUUAAGUAAAUGAUGAUUCAGUUCCUGAAAAAGAUAAAUUUGUAGAAAAAAUAGGAGGAUACAAAUACCCAAAAAAUGUCAAUCGUUCAGGUUUCAAAAUCAAGGAUCAAUUUUUCGUUGUUCUCAUUGAUAGAGACACUAAUACUUAAGUAACUACCUUAUAAAGAAUCAACUCUUUCAGACAACUAAUUUUUAUUGGAAAUGGAAAUGGUGUUAUAGGAUAUGGGUAUCAUAUUGAAUUUUGAAUUUAGAAAAGGAAAAGGGAAAGAUUUUGAAACUGCCUUAAGAAGAGCAAAAAUAGAUGCCAAGAGAAACCUAGUACCAAUUAGUCUUGAUUUAUGGCAUACAUGUCCUAUUCCACUAACUGGAAGAUUUAAUGAUGCAGAAAUUGAAAUAAAUCCAAGACCAUUAGGAUUCAACGCCUAUGGUAAUCCAUAAAUUGCAUCAAUGCUAAUGUUGACUGGAAUGCAUCAUUGUAGCUUCAAGGUUAGAUCAAGGAAUUAAGUUCCUUAUUCUCUACUUUAUGCAUUUAUGUAGGCUGUAACAAAGUAAUAAAUAUCUUCAUUUCUUUUAGUAAUGCUACAGCUGAAGAAGUAAGUGAAGCCUCAGGUAUGAAAAUAUAUAGACAAAAUUGGGGUAAGAAAAUUGGCAGAACAGCUCCAUUAACAUUUGACGGUAUUUGAG